AUGAGUUUGAUCACCGGCUCCAAGUGUUUUUGCCUUGUCUCUGGCACAACACUUUGGUAUGGGCCUGCCCAAAGACAAGGAAAAGUGCGGGCACUGUUCCUUUUGCCUCACAGGCAAACCAAUCCAGCCCCCAAACUCACUGUGACGCCAACGAUGGCUUCGAGCAUUCAAUUGGUCCUCGAAGCUACAAAUGCCAGAGAUGACCCACGCUUCCUCGCGCGUGGCGUAUGGUAUUCGAAGCCCCGGGGUGACGGCGUUGAAACUGGACAAGAGCCCGGUGCGCUGUUGGCUGAGUUUACCAAGGCUUGUGAGAAGAAGAAGAUUAAUAAAUGACGGCCUAGUCAGUGUUGGUCACCAGCUAUCUUGAUGAAGGGGAGGAUCACAGCUCGAUGGGAUAAAUGUUUAUCAUCCAUUUUUGGUUGCGGUGUGAGUGGUUUAGUUCCAGGUUGCGGAAUGCGUCAAGGUCAUAUAGUUAGUACUACCGUAUGUAUGUACCAAUUACCUAGAACCACGAUAGUUGGGGUUCUCUUAGCUUUUG